GCAGUAGGUACGUAUCUACAGAAUGCGCCGUACGUAUGUUAGAUAAGAAAACCACCAUUGUACCCACACCAAUUGCAACACCGAUGUUGGAUACACCUUGCGAGUGAUACUUCCUCUACGCAGCAGAGUGCUCCAGAACUGCACCGUCACAAUGAAUAUCCUCGCCUUCUUCCUUCCGUUCGUUUCUAUAAUUCCGGCUGUGCUGGGCGCGGUCCCGAAGUCGGAUACAUUCGCGAAAUAUGAGGCUCUCUCACGUUCAGGUCCAAUCGACUUGGAUGAUUCUUCUUACGACGAAUUGACAUCAAAGCCCCGGGACUACCAUGUCGCGGUCAUUCUCACGGCCGUAGACCCUCGAUUUGGCUGCGUCCUGUGUCGCGAAUUCCAGCCAGAGUGGGAGCUCAUUGCAAAGAGCUGGAACAAGGGCUCGAAGUCAGAUGACAUGAAAUUGCUAUUUGGCACUCUCGAUUUCACCGAUGGAAGGAAUACGUUCCAGAAGUUGAUGCUUCAAACGGCGCCUGUCCUCCUUCUGUUUCCUCCCACCGUGGGACCAUCUGCUAGGGUCGACGGUGGCCCCUUGAGAUAUGAUUUCAGCGGCCCUAUCUCCGCCGAUCAACUUUAUACAUGGAUAAACCGCCAUCUCCCGGAAGGUCCGAAGCCACCUCUUGUUCGCCCUCUGAACUACAUGCGGAUUGUUUCUUUCGUAACUAUCCUGAUGGCCGUGGUAACGCUCUUUACGGUUUUAUCGCCUUAUGUCCUGCCGAUCAUUCAGAACAGGAACAUUUGGGCUGCAGUCAGCUUGAUCGCUAUCCUCCUCUUCACAAGUGGACACAUGUUCAAUCAUAUCCGCAAAGUACCAUACGUGGUUGGGGAUGGUAAAGGCGGUAUUAGUUAUUUUGCGGGCGGAUUCCAAAACCAAUUUGGGAUGGAAACGCAGGUCGUCGCAGCUAUUUACGCCGUCCUUUCAUUCGCGACGAUUGCUCUAGCAAUGAAGGUUCCUCGUACCGCGGAUAAAAAGGCACAGCAAGUUGCCGUGGUAAUUUGGGGCACUGUGCUUCUCGGCGUGUACAGCUUCCUACUCAGCGUAUUCAAGGCGAAAAAUGCCGGGUAUCCUUUCUUUCUGCCCCCGUUUUGAUCGGACCUAUAUUCUGGCUGAGAGAAUGUAUGGCUUUACGGAUCAUGGAAGGGUGAAGCCUGCAUUGGCCAGCUAUACGUGGCUUGCAACAUACCUCUGUUCAGAUGGCUCGACCAAAGCCGAGCCAUUUGAAUGUGCAUAUGGUCCAUCCCCAACACUCUUCGUGUAUUUUAGCAGCUCUAAAUUUCUAGUCAACAAGCACGGC